AUGAGGUUGACCGUCAGAGAGGCCAUAGUUCUUUCACCUAGCAGAAAAAUCAUUUUGGAGUUUAAUGAAGAGUUGCAACCGAUCGGUCAGGCAGCUGGAUUAUUGAGUGGGUUUCUAGGGAAUCUGGGUGCUGACUUUCAACAUUUUCCCAUCAAUGAAGACAGUUGGAAGACAAUGGACAAAGCUUUAAAGGAACAUGCAUAUGAGACAAUUAAGCGCACCUUCCUGUAUGAGGAGGAUGACAAGGGAAAAAUAAAGCGGGUAAUGAUUCAAAGGUUGGGAAAAAACUGGAAGGAAGCAAGAAACCACUUGUUUCACAAGGUUUACGACGAGGAAGAGAUUUUCGAAGUAAAUGCCAAGCGUAACCCAUCAGGAAUAGAUGCACAACAAUGGAGAUGGUUCAUUCACUAUCGUUUGAAGGAAUCUACAAAGAUAAUAAUUCAUAUUAAAUUGAAAAUGUGCAAACAAAAUUCUCAGAAUCGGUCGAAGCAACUAUAUACACACACUGGGGGCUCUAAGACAACAGCAAGGCUAAGGGAUGAAGAGGAGAAAAAACAGCAAAGACGCAUCAGCAGAGGAGAGAUGUUUAUUAUGACCCAUAAAAAAAGGGAUGGCUCAUACAUGAAUGAUGAUGCGCGUGUUGUUGGAGAAGCGGUUGAGAGUAUCGAGAGCCAAGGUGGAACCUCGAAGGAAAUUUCUGUUACUGAUUCACUUGCGCAAGUCCUUGGAAAGGAGCAUUCAGGACGAGUUCGGGGGUUAGGUUUUGGACCAUGUCCAAGCGAAAUUAUUCAUAAUACUCCACAAUCGACCCCUAUAGUGCAAAUUGAGGAGUAUCAGAGAGAACUUACAGAAUUGAAGGAAGUGGCAGCAGAACAAACGGCGGAGAUUACAGAAUUGAAGGCAGAGAAAGCAGAAGACAAGGCAAAGAUACAGAUCAUGGAGAACCUGGUGAAAUACAUCAUCCAACAGCAAGGACAUACUUUGCCACCUGAAAUUGAUGCACAGCUUAAGUCAUUGGGGAGUGGAGCAGAAUAG